AUGAUAGAAAACAAACGUAGAGAUGAAUUAAUCGAAAGAUUGGCAAAUCAGAUGAUUACGAACAGUGGGGCAGCACCUGCACAGCCAGCUGAUCAUCCCAUAGUCCCCGAACACUCACAAGGUCUUUGUGUGUUCCCAGAAAUUUUGAGAAACAUUGGGAAUUUUGAUGAAACCCAUUCGAAGGCAGUUUUGUGGUUGGACACAUUAAAUUGUGCGCAAACCCUACACCAAAUUCCAGACAGCUACAUGCUGGAAAUCACAAGAAUGAGGUUAGUAGAAGGAGCUAAAUAUUGA